AUGCAUGAUGAGGGUGUAGUGAAAUAUUCAAUAAAUCACACAAGAAUGAAGGAGAGGGCCAAUGAGAUAAUUAAUCAGAUAGAAUAUGAAUUAGGCAAGGAAGGAUUUGAUUAUACCACGAUAUCAAACAAUCUCAUAUUAAAUUUAGACCAGUUAAUAGACGACUUAAUCAGCACCACUGCUGUAGACAAGCACAGUGCACAUUUAACCCAUGAAGUUAAUCAUUAUAUAAGGGAGAUGGUUGUGUACCUUAUAGAAACGGGUCCUAUUCGGGCUAUGAUAGAGUCACGGAUUGACUCGUAUGAUAAGAAAGCAAGCAGUCAGAAGACUUCUCGUGAUGUAGCCCGUGUGUAUGAAUUAUUGAAUAAUUCUGUGCAUUUAGCCGUGCAUAAGGUACCUGGCACUAAGUUAGGGAGUAUUUCUGUGUUUACCAUUAGUGGUGUGGUGUACUGGCUUAUUCUUAGCCUAAUUAUUAUUUUUAUUGUUCGGUGGGGCAUUUCUGUGGGUGAGUAUAAGUUAUUUAUUAAUGGGUUUAUGGGUUAUGUCGGGCUAAAGCACUAGAAUAUAAUACACAGUGUGUAAUAUAUCAUCACAAACAGAAUAAAUUC